AUGGUGCUUUUUGGGAAAGAAUUAACCAGGCCGCAAUUCGUCAUUGGUGUUCUGAGAAGUCCUGAAUCCGGCAAGAGCACUGCAAUGAAUGCUAUCCUGGACGAGGAAAGAGUUCCUCUCACCAACUGUAUGCGGACCUGUACGGUCGCCGUUGCCAAGAUUUCGUGCAACGGCUCCAAUGAUACUGCCAAGAAGUAUCGCGCCGAGAUUGAGCUCGUUACUCAGGCUGAGGGGACUGCUGAGGUCGUUGCCCUUCACCGCGACAUCCUUGACAACAGGGGCAAGCUCUCUCCGGACAUCAAGAAUGCGGACAGCGACGCUGGGAUCGCAUAUUCCAUUCUGAAGGCCGCCUACCCACAGCAUACUGAUAUGCAACUCAGAGAUGUCGAUCCUGUUGUUCUUGCCAAUUUUGUCAAGGUGCGAGAGGUGAUUGGCAAGACCAAGGUGAUUGAAGAAGCAGAGUGCGCUCCUUUUUACGCCGGAAUCUCGGCCUUCGUGGAAUCGGAGAAGAAGCGAAACAAAUCUCGCACGGAAGGCGAUGGUGCUGAACCUGAGGAGCUGGAGAUGGCCUACUGGCCCCUCAUCAAGAUCGUGCGGGUCUUCCUGAAGUCAGAGGUCGUUUCUACCGGAGUAGUCAUUGUGGAUUUGCCUGGAGGACGCGACUCGAAUGCUACUCGCGCGGCAGUCGCUCUCAAAUACGAUGGCGCGCACAACAACAUCACCUUCAUCUGUGCCAAAGCAGACGACAUUUCCCUGGAUGAAGCGGCCCCGAGUCUUAGCAUUGUAGACCUCAUCGCCAAGGAGCAAGAGCGCAAAAUUGGAAUGGAGAGUGAAAUCGAGCGCAAGAGGGGCGAACUCAAAAGCCUUGAGCUCCAGAAAGCGAGCGCUCAGGAGAAGUACAGCAUCAUCGGCAAUGACUUUGAUACUUGGCAUGGACUUUACAGACAGAUUUCCAAAGGGCAUACGACCUUUGCUCCCAUGGAAUCUCCCCGCAAGAGGAAGCGUUCUCGGCUUCAGCGUGAGAAAGAGCCUGCAAUUGCCAAGAAGGUGAAGAAAGAGCCUGGUCAAAGCGACACAGACGAAAGCAGUGAUGACUCGGAUCUCGAUGCUGUUGAGUCUGACGACGAUGACUUGGAGGGUCGCCCUGAGCCUUUUUCAAUCGAGGAGACGCGCAACAAGCUUGAAGAGCUGAAUGCGUCGAAGAAGGCUGCCAGGGAGGAGCGGAAGAAGAUUACUCGGCAGAUGACGCAGAUCAAGAAGGAAACCAGGGACCUCAGAAAGCAGCGUUCGGCUGUGAAGAUCCAGAUGUACCGCUACUGCAUCCAAGGACGCAAUGAUUACUCCCGCCAGGCGAUCAAGGAGGACUUUGCGUUUGGUCUGAAGGAGUUUGAUGAAGAGCUUCUCGCCGAACAGGAGGGAGAGAUGCGAACUCGCCAGCAGGUUGAAGUCGUGAGCCCCGAUUAUGAACAGAUUGAUAGAGAUUUACCAGUCUUCUGCAUCAGCAGUCGGGGCUACCAGCAGUUGAGAGGAAGGAUGAAGAAAGACCAUCGUGUUGUAGGCUUCACUUCUCUCGAUGAUACUAGGGUUCCUGGUCUUCGUGACUACACCCUCGAGCAGGCCGCGGCUAUCCAGGCUAGCCACUUUCGCCAUCAUCUCAGCGAGAUAUGCCGUCUUCUGGGGGCCCUCGACCUCUUUUUUGCAGGGGACGUCGCUAACCUCAAGCUCUCCGAAAAUGAGAAGAAGCAGGAGACUCAGAGCUUGGGAGUUGCUUUGACCAAGCUAGGAAAGGCCCUCGGUGAGGCUGUUACAAAGUGCAUGGAGGAUUUCAAGUCAGUCGUUAAGGUGAAGGUCCUGAAGAAGACCGGCAAGGGUGCCGUGAAAGCCUCUGACAAGGCCGUUACUACUGCCGAAGGCUGGGGUGCGAAGCACGAUGCCGGAGGUCUUCGCUAUGGAACCUGUAAGGCUACUUGCCGUCGCUAUGGCGUAUUCAAAGGCGCAGCGGGUGCCCGUGACUUCAACGAGGAUCUUCUCAAGCCUAUGAAGAAUUAUACUGCCCAGGAGUGGGACUCGGCCUUCAAUGGCCGCUUGCCUGAGAAGAUUGCGACACUUGCCGCGUCUUCCAAGCAGCUGAUUAAGUCGUUCCACGAGCGCAUGAAGGACAGACGGUUUCUUGUCGAGAACAACGAUUUAGUGAACGGCUUCCUCGUCCUGGUCAAGACCGCACAAAAGGACGCCAAUCGUCUUUUCGGCCCUGUUGUUCAGCGAGCCAUGAAUGAAGCCUACCAAGGCUGCAAGUCUACCAUGUUCAAAACCGCCGCCGGAGAUGUGGAGAAGGCCGCCAACACAAUGCUGAGCACCCUUGAAAAGACAAUCCGCGACGACACGAAUGGAGUUGUGAACGCCAUGCAGGAGGACUACAUUGGCCUGAUUGGAGAGGUGGCUACCACGGCUGACUUACGCGCCCGAAAGAUCUUGAGCCCCGUGCUCCGUGACUUUUACAUGAAGCUGAAUGCCGCCCUGGAUCCUAUCGAGGAGGAAAUCGUCGUCCAUGAGCCCAUCGAUCUUGAGCUCGACAUGGGAGAUGGCAGUGACGACGAAUACCGGCCCGAUGAAGAUAUGAGGUUGGAAAUUGUCUCUCAUCCGCUAGACUGCGGCGAUAAGCAGCGAGCAUUUACACACGAGCUAUUACGUGUCUGGUCUCCCUUGCUUUACUCAGUGGAUGAAUUCUUCGUCGCCAACGUCGGUAGUUAUCAAAGUAUCAUCAAAAACAAUCUCCAGUUCGAGCGUACCUGGCUGCAGCCGGCGAAGUGCCCAUGA